AUGACAUUGCCGUUCUACCUGGACAAAGGAUCAAGGGAAAUUAAGCUAGAACCUCAUCCCGAUGGAGAUUCUGGAGAACGACCAAAUAACUCUACAUUAGUUGUUCAAGCACCAUUGGAGAUUUGGCCUUCAAAGCAAAUGUGUAUUUGGAAAAGUGCACUUCGACCGAUCAUCACGAAAAACAAGGGAGCGAGGAAAUUUAACUCCUACAUGCAUAAACCUCUCACGGGGUCCAAUUACACAAUAAUUGUGCCCACGAAUAGCACUACCGCCAAAAUUGGAAAUCUGUGUCCAGCAUUGGAAAAUGGAAAUUCCCAUCGAGAAUAG